GAGUUAUGUUAUUGAAAAUGCAUCUGCAAGUUUUUUCAUAACUGAAAUGGAGUAUGUCAGCCCAUUUUGUGUUUUUUUGUUCACCGGUUGCUGCCAUUUGAUUUGUCCGGACUUGUGAUUUGCAGAAAUGCGCGGCCCGGAUCUGAUUGACGGACAAACUUUACGAGCGCUCCUUCUUUUGUCUCUCUGCUGUUAUGGAGGAAAAUGUGAAAUUGAAAAUUCGGAAUCUUCAGCGACAACCGGCUCGCCGAUCGUCAAACCUUUCCUCGAUGAAAUUGAGCAACCUCAGGCCUUCCCUGAUGAGGAGAGGGCCAAUUUACCCGUGUUUACUAUGGACUAUCCUCGGGUACAAAUCCCCUUUGAAUUCACGCUCUGGGUGCUGCUGGCCUCCUUUGCCAAAAUUGGUUUCAAUAUUUACCACAAAAUCACAAUCUGGAUCCCCGAGUCCUGCUUGCUGAUUUCCAUCGGCCUUAUCGUCGGUGCCAUCAUGCACUCGGUUAAAGAAGAACCGCCAGCCGUGCUCGACUCCAACGUCUUCUUCCUCUACAUGCUCCCGCUCAUAGUCUUGGAAAACGGCUACUUUAUGCCCACGAGGCCAUUUUUCGAGAACGUGGGCACGGUUCUGUGGUUUGCCGUGGUGGGAACUCUGUGGAACAGCAUUGGCAUCGGCCUUUCGCUCUACGCCAUUUGUCAGUGUGAAGCCUUUGGAGUUCAAGAUAUCAACCUGCAGGAAAAUUUGCUAUUUGCUUCCAUCAUCUCCGCUGUUGACCCCGUGGCUGUGCUGGCCGUGUUUGAUGACAUCGAUGUUAACGAACAGACACACAUUGUCAUAUUUGGAGAGGGACUUUUUAAUGAUGCUGUCACUGUGGUACUUUACAGCAUGUUCUCCUUUGUGGCGGACAUGCCAAGCUUUGAAUCCUCCGAUGUGUUUUUGGGCACGGCUCGGUUUUUGGUUGUGGGGGUCGGAGGCAUCCUCUUCGGCCUUGUGUUUGGCUUCAUGGCGGCGUUCACUACACGUUUCACGCACAACGCACGGCAUAUCGAGCCCCUCUUUGUCUUCAUGUUCAGCUACUUGGCUUACCUGGCGGCUGAGCUCUUUGCCAUUUCCAGCAUUCUCGCAAUUAUCACAUGUGCAAUCGCGAUGAAGUACUACGUGGAGGAGAAUGUGUCUCAGAGAUCCUGCACGACCAUCCGCCACGUGAUCAAGAUGUUUGCCACCAUCUCUGAAACGCUCAUCUUCUUCUUCCUGGGGGUGAUUACCAUCACGACCGAACACGAAUGGAACUGGGCCUACAUCCUGUUCACGCUCCUGUUUGCCCUCCUCUGGCGAGGAAUCGGCAUUUUGGUUCUGUCCCAGAUCAUAAACCCAUUCCGGACCAUCCAUUUCACAUUUAAGGACCAGUUUGGUCUGGCCUACGGAGGCGUUCGAGGGGCCAUCUGCUUCGCUUUGGUCUUCACUCUCCCUGACACCAUCAACCGGAAGAAUUUGUUUGUCACCGCUUCCAUCGCCAUCAUCAUCUUCACCGUGUUCAUCCAGGGUAUCAGCAUUCGUCCAAUCAUUGAAUAUAUAAAUAUCAGGAGGACCAAUAAAGACUUGGGCACCAUCAACGUAGGAAUACACAACAGGGUGAUGGAGCAUAUUGUUUGCGGCAUUGAGGACUUGUGCGGCCAAUGGAGUCACUACUACUGGAAAGACAAGUUUAAAAAGUUCAACGAUCGCUUUUUGAGACGCAUCCUGCUUCGAGACAACAGGGCAGAGUCAAGCAUCGUGUCUCUGUACAAGAAACUUGAACUGCAGACGGCCAUUGAUUUGCUGGACACACCUGUGGGCGACCUGAGUGCCGCGCCGUCCAUUGUGUCGCUUCACGACGAGAGGAGGAAUUCGCCGCAACCCAAAAAGAAUUUGCUGGCUGCAGACGUGAGGAAUAUGCACGACAUCCUGUCGAAGAACAUGUACAAGAUAAGAGAGAGGACGACGGCUUACACCAGCAUACUCAACCGGCCCGACAACGGCCGAGCCCGGGAGAUUUUGAUCCGCCGACAUCCGAGCAUCAGACGCAGCCUCCGAUCGGCAAGCCACCGAGACCCGCCUGCUCAGAAUAUCGCCAAAUCGCAGAAGUACUUUUCCCUGCAGCCGGGAGUGGAUCCGGAGGUUGCUUUUGCACUCAGGAGACGAAGCCAUGUAAUCGAUGAUCACCUCGGCCGCCACGGUGGACACUCCCCCUCCAGCUCCAUAAUUUCUCUGAGAAGGCUGAACACUGUUGAGGAGUCUCCUGGGGUGGACGUUUUGGAUGAGAGGAACCCCGGUGGUCGGCCAGUCGCAAAACCAGGUAGACUCAGUAGUAAGUCGGACCAACCUCCAGGGAGAACGGAAGCGACUGUGGCUCCGCCUCCUUUACCAGUCCCGCCUGGCUGGGUUCCCGACAACCAGAACAUCAACGAGAGUAGGACUGGAGAUCCACUACUCGGACACUUGCCACAGGGGCCUCAAGGUUCUGGAAGAUCAUGAGAGCUUGAACUUUCUUCCUGGGACUUUCACCAUGUGACAUCAGAGGUUUACUAAUAAAGUUUUACGAAAUGAGAUCACUGCCAUGUACAUCGCCUCAUCAUUACAAGCGUGUG